AUUACCCACAUAAAGUCUAUAUAAUUACAAUGGCUCACGAAACUGUUUGGUACUCCCACCCAAGAAAAUUCGGCAAAGGUUCUAGACAAUGCCGUGUCUGUUCUUCCCACACCGGUUUGAUUAGAAAGUACGGUUUGGACAUCUGUCGUCAAUGUUUCAGAGAAAGAGCCUCUGACAUUGGUUUCCACAAGUACCGUUAAGUUAUGCUACUGAAACUGCAUUUUUGAAUUUAUUUAAUCUAGCUGUUAAUCUGUGUAUAAUUAAGGGUUUUAAAAGAGCCUGGCUCAAUAUAUAAGUAUAUUGGUUGA